AUGUCUGUUGAGUUGAAGGAACAUCGUUCGUCAACGGCGGAUAUCUCCACCACUUCCGAGGGACUGCCGAUCUCAAAUAUAAUACCCAAGAACGACGAGGAUGACGCCUCGAUGUUGAUGGCAUUCAACAACGCGAAACCAUCGCUUUUGGUGAUUUGCCUCACUGUUCUGGCAUCUAUUUCGGGAUUCAUGUUUGGAUAUGAUACCGGAUACAUAUCGUCGGCGUUGGUUUCCAUUGGAAAGGAUUUUGGUAGUGAACUGACCUAUGGCCAACAGGAGUUCAUCACUGCAGCAACAUCCUUAGGUGCUUUGAUAUCGGCAAUUUUUGCUGGAAUCUGCGCAGACUUGUUUGGCAGAAAGCCGGUGGUUAUGACAUCGAACGUGUUGUUCGUGGUGGGUGCUGCUAUACAGUGUGGAGCCCAUACCGUUUGGACAAUGAUUGCUGGUAGACUUGUGAUGGGGUUUGGAGUGGGUAUUGGUUCGCUAAUUGCCCCUCUUUACAUCUCAGAAUUGGCUCCAUCUAGAUUCAGAGGUAGACUCGUCGUGAUUAACUGUCUUGGUAUAACAGGUGGCCAACUGAUCGCGUACGGCGUUGGUGCUGGUCUGGAUCAAGUCCACAAUGGCUGGAGAGUUGUGGUUGGAUUGUCCAUGAUUCCACCAGCAAUUCAACUUGUGGCUUUCUUCUUCUUGCCAGAAACACCAAGAUAUCUCAUCUCAAAGGGUAAAACGGAGAAGGCUGCCGGAGUUAUUUCUAGGACUCACCCUGGUGCUUCCCAAGCCUUGAUAGAAACCAAGAUUGGCGAGUUCAUGCAGCUCAAUAACGAAUUACCCGGCUCAAACGUGUUUUCCAGAACUUGGGAAGGUAUUAAGGAGAUUCACAGAGUUCCUUCCAACUUCAGAGCCUUGGUUAUUGCAUGUGCAUUGCAGGGCAUUCAACAAUUCACCGGAUUCAACUCGCUGAUGUACUUCUCAAGCACUAUUUUUCAAGCUAUUGGAUUUGAUAAUUCUACAGCUGUUUCGGUAAUUGUUGCUGGUACCAACUUCGUCUUCACUCUGGUGGCCUUUUUCGUCAUUGACAGAGUUGGCAGACGUCGCAUUUUGCUGAUUGGUAUUCCAGGAAUGAUGAUAUCGCUCAUAGUAUGUGCUAUUUCGUUCCAUUAUAUUAAAAUUGAGUUCAAGGAUGGCUCUGCAGUUUUGAGGGACACUAAGAUCACGGGAUGGGGUAUUGUUGUGAUUGUGGGAAUGGUGUGUUUUGUCGCUACUUACGCCGUGGGAAUUGGUAAUGUUCCAUGGCAACAAUGUGAGUUGUUUCCUCAAUCCGUUCGUGGUAUUGGCGCAUCAUAUGCUACUGCUACCAACUGGUCUGGUUCUUUGGUCAUUUCUGCUACAUUUUUGACGAUGUUGGAGAAUAUAACCCCAACGGGAACGUUCGCUUUCUUUGCUGGUCUAUGUUUGGUUGCAUAUGUGUUUGUGUUUUUCUGUUAUCCAGAGCUCUCCAACAUGGAGCUAGAAGAGACUCAGGCGGUUUUGACUGGUGGAUUCAAUAUCAAGCAGUCCAAGAAGCUGGCUUCUGCCCGCCGCCGUCAACACGCGAAGGAACUAGCGGAAUAUUUGGAGAAGAACACCGAGGAGUUGGUGGACAAGGUCUAG